AAUAAUUUUCUUCGCUUUAGUUUCCCGCAUGCCGCCAGAGGCAUGAGAAGUUAUUUAGCCACUAAAAUUAAUUUAAACAUUUUGAUGAAGUAAUUAUAGUAAAUGAAGUGAAAAAAUAUAAAUAUUUAAUUUUACAUACAAUAGUUAAUUUAACAGACAUUAUAAUGGUUCAAAAAUUCAACUUAUGGACAGCUAUCGGCAACAGCAACACAAUUUUAAACAGAAAAUUCCAAAUUCAACUCCUUGUAACAAUAGCAGUGAACAUUAUAACUUUCUCGCAUGGCGUGGGUGUAGGUUGGCUUUCGCCGACACUGGUAAAGCUGCAGUCCAAUGAUUCGCCACUGGAUUUUGAUAUCAACAUUGAAGAAGCAUCAUGGAUGGGUUCACUUAUUGGACCAGGCGGCCUAUUGGGCAAUUUAAUAUUUGGUGCAAUAAUAGAUAAAGUUGGACGCAAAAUUUGUAUUUAUAUGAUUGCAGUACCACACAUAUUUCUUUGGAUUUUUAUUUACUUUGCUAAGAGUGUGGAAUAUCUUUACGUGGCACGUUUUCUGGGUGGAUUUACAGGUGGCUCAGCUUAUGUCGUCCUACCAAUAUUUAUAAGUGAAAUUGCUGACCCCAGCAUUCGAGGUACAUUAGCUUCUAUGUUAAUGUUAUCGCUUAAUUUCGGUGUAUUACUUGGAUUUAUCUUAUCAACCCAUCUAGCAUAUCAUCUAAUUCCGUUCAUAGUAAUUUUUUUACCAUUGGUUUAUCUAGUGACAGCAAUAUUUUUUCCUGAAACUCCACAGCAUUUACUAAGAAAAUCUAAUUAUAUAGCGGCAGAGAAAUCGUUUAAUUUCUAUAAACAUUAUGGUAAGAGGGAUGAGACCAAUGUAGAAUGCCAAAAGCAGUUAAAUGAAUUCAAUGAUUUGAAAACCAUAGUGAUUAACAAAAAAUCAGAUACAAAAUUAACUUUUAAGGAUUUCAUUACAAAAUCUGCUCUAAAAUCUUUUUGCACCGCGGCGGUCUUAUUGAUUGCAACUCAAGGAAGUGGUUCCUUUGCAUUUAUAAAUUAUAUGACACACAUUUUCGCUGCAUCUGGUACAAAUUUGUCCCCGAAUACAUCAACUAUAAUUAUGGGUGUAGUGCAAAUAUUUGGUGUUUAUGCGGCAAUACUCUUUGUGGAUCGUUGCGGUCGUAAGGUACUUCUGCUGAUAUCAACAGGCGGCAUGUCUAUUGGCUUAACUAUAUUUGGACUAUUCACAUAUUUUAAACCGAUAGAUAAUGAUUGGAUACCAGUUGCAGUAAUGGGUUUCGUUAUAUUUAUAGCGAAUAUUGGAGUUGUGACAAUGACUUUUGUCAUGUUAGUAGAGUUAAUGCCUCUUAAGAUACGUUCGAUUGCUACUUCCUUUUGCAUGGCUGUACUUAGUGUGUUAGUAUUUAUUGCACUCAAAGCAUUUCCGGUUUUAAUGAAUAUUUGGGGCAUUUCCAUUGUUAUGUGGUCCUGUGCUGCAGUCAGUUUUGUUUGUCUUAUCUAUUUAAGUAUACUCUUGCCUGAAACCAAAGGUAAACCCAUGGAUGCUGAGUAAACACAUAUUAAAUUUAAGUGAUAUAUAAUUAAUUUUAUUUAAUUUAUUUAAUUGUUAAAGUGUUCUUGUGAUAUUUUAUCAAAGAUUUCAAAUAAAAAUAUA